AUGGCGCUCUGGACCAGCUUAGUAGCACUAGCUGUCUCUGUCAAUGAUGAUCCCGGUGCAAGCAUCAUGUAUGAGGUUUGGUCGCUGGGCGCUAUCGCAAUUUCGGCAAUCUCACUACCCGGUUUGAUUCUCUAUCAUACUGAAGACUUUUGGCACCGUCUCGCCUCCGCUGCGAAGGAGGCCGGGUCUUCGUUACUUGCUCGGGCCACAAAAGACGCCAAAGGCCCCACAAGUGGCAAAGUAGCUGAUAGUACCCCUCUCGUUGCUGCUCCUGCCAAGACACCGACAACGAAAGUGGCAGCGAUUGGCUUCCGCGCUGGCCUCCCCAAAAUCGCGCCUGGUAGGCGAUCCAGCGCAGCGGAGAAGCUGCGCAGCCGAUCCAAACGCGGGAAGUUAUUAGCUGGCACAGCAGAGAAACCAGAGGUCAAGUGA